AUGCUUGCUCCAAGUCACGGAGUUGGGUCAUCACUACAGCCCGUAUUCAAACAAAAUGAAGUCUUACUCGAUAAUUCUGUGAUCCGGGAUACGGCGCCUAUAGCAAAUUUUUAUAUCGCUCAGAGCAACCUCACUACCAUGCAGAAACUCGAAUAUGAGAAGGUUAAUGUGUCGCAAAAUGGAUACCCCGGUCUCCCUGGUCUCCCUGGUCCUCUUACUAAUAUAAAGUCAAGCGGCAUGUCGACGGUUGCAUAUCCAACACCUAGCCGAUAUGCAUCUUCUUCUGGGCCACCGCUUCCGUGGGAAAGAGACUCUGCUGCUGAUGUCGAACCUGAUGAAAGCGUUGAUUUCAUAAUGUCUUCUCCAGAUGUCAUUGCUGGCCAUGAUUAUACGGAGGGAAACCCGGCAGAAGCAGUACUUGUGGAUACACAGGUAGUACAUGAUGAGGUCGAACCUCCAAUCGGAAAUACUACCCCAAAGAGUCCAUAUACCAAGAGAAAAAAGAGGACAAGGAACAUACUAGAUGAAGAUGAAGAUGAAUUACAAGAUGGACCUUGGGACUAUGAGGCUGUUGAUCGGCAACAAGACAAACACAAACGGAGGCGUAAUGAGCCACAAUUAAACCCACCCAGUUCACAUAGAGACGAUGCUAUCGAACUUCUUCCGAAUCCACACGAGGAAAUACUUCGGGAUCAAGACUAUCAGGACCUACCCAAGGAAGAAGUACGUGAUACCAGUGAUGCUGCCCCUGAGAUACCUCCGACAGCGCCGCCACCUGUUCCUUUCGAUGCGCCUGAGAAUAACCUGCCAGAGACUCAGCCAAUCCCCCAACCAAAGAAGCGUGGGCGCAAGAAAAAGCAGGCUGUGAAAGAACAGACCCCGCAAGAGCUGCCUUUCGAAAACCAGGCUGCUGCUCAAGAGGCACCCCCUGCUGUUAAAAACCUCGAGGUACAAAUUGAGCCAGAGAAGCCUAAGAAGAAAAGAGGCCGCCCUCGAAAGUCAGACUUAGCAAAGCCCGAAAUAGCGUCGGCUCCUGAACAUGAACUCCACAUUACGCAAAAGGCUCACAAGGACGACGCCCAGCAUAACGAGAUCACUUUGGAGAAGACUGAAGCGACCGAGAAGCCGAAGCCCAAAAAGAAACAAAAAGCCCGAAGUGAGCUGAAAAAAAGGGAGGAGGAAGAUCCAACCACAGAUAAGGAGGACGUUGAAGACGCGUUGAAAGAAAUCAACAGUAACUCUAAGCCAUCUGAAGAACCAGUAUCAGCUGAGGAAGUGCCUGCGAAGCCUACCCCCAAACAGUUAGCCGAUCAGCAAAAAUCUAAUGAGAAAGGUAGCACGGUCUCUAAGCCCACAUCCACAUCUUCACAACCUAAAGUACAAUAUCGAGUUGGCUUAAGCAAGCGAACACGGAUAGCUUCGCUACUGAAAAUUAUCAAGAAAUAA